AGCUGCAGAUUAUCGUUUGCACCAUCUCUUCUCGCUUGGACCGUAGGACGGGUAACGAGGCAAGGAAGGAGAGUUCGAGUCGGUGCGGCGAUGUUGAUGUAGUGUUUACUUACAUGCCGGUAAAGGCCCUCGCUCGCGAUACGAGAAUUCAGUUUGUUUACGCGGGUUUUUUUUUGGGUUGUGAUAUUUUGAAAGUGGCGGCGUGUGACAGCUGAGUGACGAGAUCCGUAACACCUUGCCACUCGCCGCAAGCUUCACGUUCCAGCAGUGUGUGUGUGGUAGAGUGGACGCUUUGAUGCUCCGUGUCAUCUUCUGCUGACGUCUAUACUCAGUUGGGCUUGCGGGGGUUGAGCUUCGGCUCUUUGGCCCCGCCUCGCAACUGUCACUCAACCGGUGCAGGAUUUGUGGUGCGAUAUUAGGAAGAGUGCGUGUAAUCUGGGAUAAUGACGGAUACCUUCCCGGUGAUAUAGGACCUCUGAAGAUAACAAGGGGGUCCCUACGUGUUGAUAUAGGACCUCUGGAGAUAACAAGGGGGGUCCUUACGUGUUGAUAUAGGACCUCUGAAGAUAACAAGGUGUCCCUACGUGUUGAUAUAGGAUUCCUGAAGAUAAAUGGUGUAUACAUACCAACCUCCUGGAGACGUUGCGAGGUCCGUGAGCGUGGAGAUAGGGUUCCUGGAGGUAAGAAGGAUUCGUCCGUACAUAAGGUGUUGGAAUGUGGGCCUUGGCAACGGAGCUGUUGUUUCAGUCUUGCUGCACCUGCGACAAGGUGCGCCCGCCGCUGUACAGGUCGGCUCUGCAAACUUUGCACAAGUCUAGUUCUAGAGCUCAUGAUUCCCACUACUUCCUGGGCGGCGUCAACCAUGACUGGGUGGGGUACUAUGAGCGUGGUCUGGGCUCUGACCAGUCCUGCAUCAAUGAGUGGAAUGUCAUGGACAGCCUUGAAUCCAAGCGACCCUCUUCGCCAGAUUCUCUUAAUGACAAGGAAGAAACACAGCUUCGUAUUCGCAGUAAAUUGAAAGAAAUCAUGAUGAGUGUUGAUAUAGAUGAAGUCACCUCUAAAUACAUACGUCAAAGGCUUGAAGAGGACUUAGCAAUGAAUCUUUUCAAAUUUAAAUCCUAUAUUGAUCAAGAGAUGCUAGUUAUCUUAGGACAAAUGGAUGCUGCAACAGAGAUCUUCCCUCAUGUUUACCUAGGAUCAGAGUGGAAUGCUUCUAAUCUAGAAGAGUUACAAAAUAAUGGGGUGGGUUACAUCCUCAAUGUAACCAAGGAGAUAGACAACUUUUACCCUGGAACAUUUGACUACCUCAACAUUCGUGUGUAUGAUGAUGAGAAGACGGAGCUCCUCAAGCACUGGAACAGUACCUUCAAAUAUAUUUCAGAAGUCAAAAAUAAAAAAUCCAAGGUUUUAGUGCACUGUAAGAUGGGAAUCAGCCGGUCGGCAUCAGUAGUGAUUGCUUAUGCCAUGAAGGCCUUCAAUAUGAGUCUAGAAGAAGCUCUUGCUCUUGUAAAGAAGAAGAGGACUUGCAUCAAACCAAAUCAAGCAUUUUGCAGCCAACUUAAAACUUAUGAGGGGAUUCUUGAUGCUAGCAGACAGCGACACAAUAUUUUGUGGCGGAGUAAGUCUGAAACAAACCUCAAGUCAGCUUCAGCACAGGCUAACAAACCAAAUGUCAGAUAUCACAAUAACAGUCUAAAUGAUGAUGUUGAUCAUGGUAACAACAUUGAAAAUAGACGAAAAAGUACAGAACGGAUGACAUUUGAAUCUACAUCCAAUUCUCUGAGCAUUUGUGUUCCUACACCUUGUAAUUUGCCUAAUAAUGACCAGAAUAGACGACCAAAAUCAUGGUCGCCUGAUGACCACACUGCUGGCCUGUUAUUUCCACAAAAUAUGGAAGAAGGUGGAAAUGAUUUAGGAGAUUCAUGGCGGCUCUCCCAAUCACUCAAUGUACAGUCAUGGCGAGCCCAUGUAACAUUGCAACAAAGGGAUCUUCGGGAUAUGAGUGUUGAAGGUUCAACAAAAGACCAAAGUGAAGUAUCUUUAUCUGUAGUAGAAGCACUCAAUCCAUUGUUCACCGACAGCCCUACUGGAAGUACCAUUAAUGAAGUUUCUGCACUACAAUUAUCUUCUUCAGUUAAAGAUAGGAUUAAUGAAUUUGAAAAUGUACAAAGUUGUAAUCAAAUUGGUAAAAAAACACAAAAUGUAAAAAAAGGCGAUACAAUACAGAUACAGAAUACAAUCACAUCUAGUGAUGAUUUCAGUAACCAUUCAAGCACUGCUGAGUUAGAUAAAGUCAUUGAAACUUUACUUGCACCAGGUGAAGACUUACAGGGUAGUGAACCAGUUGUUUCCCAGACUAAGCCAGCUGCUCAGAAACUUCAGGCUGUGUUAGUUCCAUCCCAGAUAUGGCAAGAGGAAAAGAGUGAAGUGGAGGAGAGUAUGGAUACAACAGAGAGUCCUGUAGGUGUGCCUAAAGAAUCAAUUACAUGGCCUGCAGGCAUUGUGAAGAGACAAAAACAAGAUUUUGAGGAAAAGGUAAAAAUGAAUGAUACUAAAUCUGGUCCAGAUAAAGAGGGCGACUUGCCACUAUCAAGACAAAGUUCAUCUGGUUCCUUGAGUGGUCAGUUGCAAAAAGUGGAAAUAGUCAGAUCACCAAGUUAUGGACGUCAAGACUCUGUAGGUUCAGACACUGUUAAGAGAGAUGACCCCUUCUCUGUAAAACUUGAUAAGGUGUUUGACAGAGAGGAAAGAAAGCAGCAAAGAUUAAGUGCCAUUAUCCCUUAUGGAGUUGAUAUAAAAGACACUCCAUCACGCAAUAGUUCAUGGGGAUCAUUUGAUAGUGCUGUGGUUCUAGCAGAUAGAGAUACACCUUCUAGACAAAGCUCUUGGGGAUCCUGUGAUACAAGAGGAACAGUAGGUACUAUACCUUCCAGGAAUAGUUCCUUUGGACCAUUUGAUAUAAAGCAACAGCCUCUUAGAGAAAAUUUAGAAAUAUUAGUACCAAAUAGUAGUUUAACAGGAACUUACUUUGAGAAAGAUCCAGGGCCAUUCUCACCAGGAACUAUCAGAAGAAACAAAGGCAGAAGUUCUGAUAUGAAAGAUGGAUUAGUUGGCGAUAAAAUAAUAUCAAAUGAAAUGGAAUAUUUAGAAGACGGUGCAAUUGAAGAUGCCUCUCAUUGCAGGCCUGUAACAAAUUUAAAGGCAUAUGGACCAGCUCCUUAUAAAAGUCCAACUGAAAGGGUUGCUCCUAUGGAAUUGACUGAUGAAGGCAUGGAGGAAAAUUCAGAGAGUUUCUUAGACCACCACCAGAGCACACCUACAUUAAAUAUUUGCAUUCCAGAUAGUACAAAUCCCUUAGCCCUAACCAGAUCACAGCCUAAUAUAUCAUGCACAACUAUAUCUCUGACACAGGGAAUAAUUCCGCUAUCUUCUAAUAUAGAGUUACCUAAAAAUGAUGUCUUAAAUAUUAAUGAAAGAUGUUCUCUAACUGAAGAGAUUCCAGUGCCUGGAACUGUGAAACAACACACAGAACUUCUAGAAAGUAAAAGUCAAGAAGGAACUCCUGCAGAAUUAAGAAAGACCCAAGAGAAGCUUCUUUCGCCAUCCUAUACUCGCUCCCAAAGCUAUUGUGACCUAAAAUUGGAAAAAACAGAAGUCAAUCUACCCAAUAACCUUGGUCGUAGUUUUUCAGAAAAAAGAGCGAAAUUUGAGGGACAGGUUGAAGGUGAAACUGAAGGGGGUAAGGUUAAGAAAAUUACUAAAGCCUUGGAACAGAAGGAAGAUGACAAAAUAAAACAAUUUAGAAUGAAAGGCAUUAGAAAGAGAUCUCACAGUUUAGAACGCCUGAGUACAUCACCUACUUCACCAGGUUGCUCUUCAAGGCAGUUGUUAGAACAAUUAUUAGUUCAAACAGAAGCAGAUGUAAGGGACCUUGAAAAAGUUAAUUCUGAAGAAAUUUGUGUUAAAAGUCUUGUAGUCAAAUUUGAAGAUCCUCAAGAACAGAGGCUGCCUAAAGUUCAAACAAGAAGUGUAAGAGCAAAUUCUGACAGUUCCACACCAGACAAGUUCCUACCACCUGUACCUCAACGUAAAUCCAGUUUAGACUAUAAUUUUAAGCCAACUCUCCGAGCACAGUCCCAACCUCCACAGACUCCAGCGAGACAAAUGACUCCAGGAGGCAGUUUAUCCCCUACAGUGAUGCCACCUCAUAAACCUCCACCAGGAGGAAGAGGCCAAGCAUGUGGAACAGAAGUACGGCAAAAGAAACAGCAAGGCAAGACUCACCCUCUAACUAAAUUAACGAGGACAAAUAGGGAGAAUUAUCAUACUAUGUAAAGUGAUAUUAAUUUUACCACUACUACAUUGAGGAUGCUGAUAUUUAGGCUUCCAUCUUUGAAAACCACCUUGUGAUAUGUAGAUUAAGGAUAACCUUUGCCACUUUCAGAUGAGGUACAGAUGCCCAGCUGCAGGAUGUGCAGAUAUAAUGUUGAAUCUCAUAUAAAGAGAUAACUGUCAGUGGCUAUCAACUUCCAGAUCACUAACUCCUGUGCCUCUAAGUAGAACACAUCUGCUGGUUCAUGGGAGAAGACAUUUCGAUUUAAAUAUACUGUAAAAUCUCCCAUCAGUUUAAAUUAAAUGUUUCACUUACCCAUGAACUGCGGAGUAGCUAUGUGGUUCUUCCUGGUAUCUUGUAUACACAUUGCUAGUCGUGAGAGUAGGACCAUAAUUCAGGAUAAAGUGUGUGCUGUAUGGAUAUGACGUAGGCAGAAAUUCUGAAGCCUCACCUCUUAAUACGACAAUGACUACAUUUAUGUGGCAGUUGCUUAAUAUAAAUAGCUUUGAAUUUUGUUGCACAUUUUAAAUUUGAUUGUCCUUAAAUUUAUGGAAAUAUAAUUGUUAAUCAUGCCAAUAUAUUGAGGCACUACACUAAGAUCUUUUUGGCAUUUGCAUAGCCAUUCUGUGUUGCUUCAGAAUUCAGAUACUGUAGUAAUAAUUACAUCCUACGUUUUUCUUCCAUGUUGUGGAGAUUCAUUUCUGAUGUGCAACUUCUUAGUAGUAAACAACUUGUGAUUUCCACUAAGGUGUGCUAGUCCCCACUGCUAUAUCUAUUUUCUAGUCUAUCUGAACACUUGUAAUCCCUUUCUACUAAAUGUUAAAAAUAUUUGGAGUCUGUCAUUUUCCAUGACAACUCAAGUGUGUGGCAUCUAUUUUCAAAAUUUGUCAUUCAUCACUGUAUUUACCUCGUAUUGCAUUGUGUGAAAAAUAUACCUGUGCUUGUUGGCCACCGGGUAAUAGUAUAUGGUGUUUGAAUAUUUUUUUUUUUUUUUUUUUUUUUUUUUUUAUUGAAUAUGAUUUCAUAGACAGGUCCCUUCAGUAUCUAGUGUCAUAGAUAUGUGAUUGUGAUGUCCCAGCUUAUUCAAGGUGUGUUAAGAAUUUGACAGAUUGACAUUUUAUAGCAAAUGUUGUAAUUUUCUAUUUGUAUAAAAACAUACUGUAGCAAAUUAUAAAGCACAAUGUUCAAUCGUCUCUCUUUCAACUAAUUUGUAGCUGGUGUCAGUAGACAUUCCUCCUUUUUGCUCAAUUAUGAUGACUUGCAUUGAUUGUGUCAUCCUUAUGUCUUAUUGUUAUGUUUGUGAAUGUAUACUAGACCAGUUAAUGUUUUUGUUAUUACAACAACUGAAUUUUACAAUACCUAAAAUUAUGCCUAGACCAAUCACUUAUCACCCAUUAUUUUCUCAUUGUGAGUUCAUGUUAAAUCACAAGGCUAAAUGAAACUGAAGUUGUAAAUACUGUAUGUGAUUGUGUGCUUUGUAUUGUAACGAAUGUAUUGAGUAUGUGAUGAUAUAGUUUGUAUUGUGAAGGAUGUAUGAGACAAGAUGUGACCCAGGCCAGCUGUUCCCAGUGUUGCCAUUGUUACAGCAAGCUGUACACUAAUAUUUGUGUCAUCCAGGGUUAGGUUGAACAGGUUCUUGAUUUUCUAGGACACUAAACAGCUGUUGUGGUAUUUGCACUAGUAAUUUAGCAUUUUAUGUACAGUAUUGAAAGAAAUUUAAAAUUUCAAAAUAAUUUAAAGCAAUGUCAGCCAGGAAAUAAGGGUGUCCAUUUUUUUUUAUGGUUGCUGCACAAGUCUACAAGACAGUAGUUUUCCAAAGGGCAUUCACACCCUUUCAAAAACUAAUUUUUUUUACUUUUUGAAAUGUAUGAAUUUAGUAAAAUUUGAUGAUUUGGUGAGUUUCUCUGACAUUGCAAUAUGUUACUAGUACUGUAUAGUGAAUUUGGUUUGCUGCAAGUCAGUAACUUGGGUUAACCUUACAUUUGAAGACGGCAAUUAUGUAAAUAAUGCACAAUUUUAAUGUGGGUUAGUUCAGAAAAAUGCAGACUUUGCUAUCUAAAUUUUUCAAGACUAUCAGCCAAAAUAGCUGACUUGUGUUGAAAUCAACUGUCCUAGAUAAUCAGCACUCUAGGCUCUCCUGUUCUGAAUGAAGGUGGUUGUGUGUACCCUCUUCACUGUCAUUUACUUGCAGCCUUUAUAGCGACUGUAAAUAUUCUCCAGUUGUAACUUCCUCCUUGUCAUAAUGAUAUUGGUGAUUUACAAUGUAAUUUAUGUAUAACAGUGGUGUGCUAUAUUUUGUAUAUAAUUUGUACAAGAAUCUAAUUUAUGAUAAUAAAAUAAACUUUAAACUGUU